CAAUAUUUCUUCAAUUUCCAAUGCCUACUUGCAGCACUUGUUCACGGGAUCCUCCUCCUGAAGAAUUCGUAUAUAAAGGCAAAAGCUAUAAAACUUGUAAUAGCUGUAGAGCUGUAAGAACUCCUAAAAAAGAAGAACCAAUUGAGAUAAUUUCUCUGCAUGAAGUUAGUGACUAUAUCGCGAAUGCAAUCAAUAACUUAGAAAAUCAAGCCAAGCUUUCUCUUACUUAUCAUAUUCGACUUGACGAUGCCAUACUUAGUGAAGUUGGUACAGACGUUAAACUUAUGACUAAACUAAUUAUCGAUGAAAUAGAGGAAGGAGAUGGUGAUCAAAUGAUGGCACGUUCAACUACUAAAAUAACUUUCCCG